AACCACCGAGACCGGGAGUACACGAAUCAGUCACAGAAUUUCCAUUCAGCAGACAAGUUGGUUUGCUUGGCAUUUCGUUGGCCGCUGCUCAAAUGGAGGUAUUUUAGUUGUUGUCUGUGAAGUUGGUGCUGGCUGGCAAAUUGUUGCCACGAAUUGCUGCCCAUUUGCUGCGUGGCUCCCGUGUGUGUGCGGCCCCUGGUUAGGAAAGUGGUACGAUAGUGAAGUUCUACGUGGUGUGUGCUUUGGGAUUGUUGGGAAUUUUUGGGUAAUCAACUUUUUCACAUCUUUUCGGAAUCUUAGCUCACAAGUUAUAUAUGCUGCAACACUGCUGGGUGUCUCGCUCGCACUACGUCCAGAGAUAUUAAAGUGGUGUGCUCUUGGAAAAGUGUUGUGCACACAUACAUAUAUUCCAACCACGAAGUAUUAGAUCUCGCGCGCGAGCUCCCCCAGAAACUCGUCAAGCAGCCAACACACAAAAGUUGUGUGGAUUCCAUCAAAAGAGAUUCGUGUCAUCGCGCGCUGUGCGAGCACUUUUAUCUGUCAACUCAAUUUUCAGUGCCACAAUCUCAUUUAUAUAUAUACAACUUUUUUUUUGUGCGUCCAGCCAUCCUCUUGGGUGUUGUUCUUGUGGUCCCCGCACACUGCGUAAUCUCUUAAGCUGGAAAAACAAACCGCCACCCUGAAAAAAAAUCCCAACAUACAGAAUCUCAUGAAAAAAGGAGAUUAAAAAAAAAUACAAGAACGUGUGAAAAUAGAUACCUACCUACAUAUUUCAAUGUGAGAAAAGUCCAUCAGUUUUUUUGUUGAUGUUUUAUGUGCAAAAUAUGUGUGGAAAAGUUGUAGAGUAAACUGCUGUUGGAAAAUGUGAAGCUAAAAAGCUCAACAAAAAAAAAGAACUAAAAAAGUUCGAAAAACAUCCCGCACAAAAAAAAUCAUUUCCAUGUGAAAUAAACCCCUUGGUGUUUUUUUUAUACAUAUACACCUUCCGUACCUUUUUUCAUUUAAUUUUCCACACUCAUUCGGUUUGUGUGCCUGUGUGAUUUCCAUCUCCCAGUUCUUCAUCUCCGACGAUCACACGGCGAAUAAGCUGGAAAAUUUGCCGUAUAUGAGACAAGUACAAUAGCAGGUGAAGUUGAAAGGACGAAGACUCCUUGUACAAGAGUUCUUGGCGGAAGCUCCCCGAAAAUAAAGCAACGGAACCCAAAAGGCACUCACUUUCCGCGGGGGGUGCUGGUACUUUUCCAACACAUUCUUUGGAACCUCAAAGGAAGUAGGAACAAUUGCGCACCGUGGGGAAGUACCGGAAGAAGAUGGAGGAUCCCGAAAUUACAUUUCUUUUUCAAUUCGGCAAUCUACGUGACACCGUGACUGUGGCAAUUCCAACCCUCAAUCUCAAAUCACUCAAGGACAGGGCGUGUGACUUUAUCAACACAAAGAUUCCUGAAAAUGGCCUAAGCCACUUGGCAGAUCGUCUUCUGUUAUUUCGUCAUGACUACAAUAGCCCAAAUGUCCUUCAGCUGGUUAAUUCGGCAGCGGAAAUUGUCGAUGAGACUCUCAUUGAAAUCGUACUGACGGCAAAUGCACUACCAUAUUCCAGUGGGAGUAUUCGAGAUGAAAUACCAACAGUUUAUCCACACUCACUGUCUGUUCACUCCUACAAAGCACCCACUUUCUGUGACUUUUGCGGCGAAAUGCUCUUUGGUCUCGUCAGACAAGGACUCAAAUGUGAUGGAUGUGGGCAGAAUUACCAUAAGAGGUGCGUCGUGAAAGUUCCCAACAAUUGCCAUCGAUCGGCAGAUCCCACGCGAAAGACUUCCUCACUACAGCCACCACGUUGCCCAUCUGGUUGCUCAAAUAACUCCUCCCUCGCUGAUGAUCAGCAAUCAACAACAACAGGCUCGGGAUCGUCAUUGUUGAAUAGAUCCCCCAUUCCGGGGCAUUCCUAUGGCGGUAAUCCUUCGGGGAGGAUAAGUAUACCACAUCGAUUUUUCCUGCAUUCAUACACACGACCAACAGUGUGUCAGUAUUGCAAGAAACUCCUCCGUGGUCUCUUCAAGCAGGGUGUUCAAUGUCGUGACUGUCACUACAAUGCUCACAAAAAAUGUGUGGAUAAAGUGCCAAAAGAUUGUGUUGGAGAUUGCUCAACUGAUACUUUUGCUCCAGACUUCAAUGAUAGCAGUGUUAGUAGCGAACGAGAUUUUAAGGAUGAAUUUGAGGAUAGUGAUUUCGAUGACAAUCCAUUCAGUAGCAAUCAUCACCACAGGCAAAAUGUACCACCCGUUAAAGUGAAUGGGACCAUUCAUGAGCCCGAACUCGACCUCCUCGAUACAUCUUCCGAGCAAUCUCGACAAUCCAGUUCUUCAUCUUCUCCAAGCGCCAACAUACCCCUCAUGCGAAUCGUCCAGUCCGUGAAGCAUACAAAACGACGCGGAGAUCGUGCCAUCAAGGAGGGAUGGCUUGUGCACUUCACCAAUAAGGAUAAAACCGUUAAACGGCACUACUGGCGUCUCGAUUCGAAAUCCAUCACACUGUUUGUCUCCGAUCAGGGCAGUAAGUACUACAAGGAGAUCCCACUGAAUGAAAUAGUCGCCGUAGAGACGGCACGAAGUCUCGUGGGGGAUGUCUAUCAUUGUUUCGAAAUAAAGACGCCAAAUGUAAACUACUACGUGGGGCAGGAUCCCCUGAAAGAUGGGGAAAUGAUGAUCUUGCCACCACCUGAUAGUGGUGUUGGGGCGUACUUGGCCAAAAGCUGGGAGACUGCCAUCAAGCAAGCCCUAAUGCCUGUAACCAAAACUUCCACGACUGACAAUGAAGAGAAUGUCCAGGAUAUGGGGCAGCUCUAUCAAAUAUUCCCAGAUGAAGUUCUUGGUUCCGGGCAAUUUGGCACAGUCUACGGUGGAAUACACCGCAAGACGCACAGAGAGGUUGCAAUUAAGGUGAUUGAUAAAAUGAGAUUCCCAACGAAGCAGGAAGCACAGCUCAAAAAUGAAGUUGCCAUCCUACAGAACAUCUCCCAUUGCGGCGUUGUGAAUCUCGAGAGGAUGUUUGAGACACCGGAGAGAAUUUUUGUUGUGAUGGAAAAACUAAAGAAUGACAUGCUGGAGAUGAUAUUGUCGAGUGAAAAGGGAAAAUUGAGUGAGCGAGUUACAAAGUUUCUCAUAACACAAAUUCUUGUUGCACUUAAGCAUCUCCAUAGCAAAAAUAUCGUACACUGUGACCUAAAGCCUGAGAAUGUUCUCCUUUCAUCUGACAAUGAAUUCCCCCAAGUGAAGCUGUGUGACUUUGGUUUUGCCCGAAUAAUCGGUGAGAAGUCUUUUAGGAGAUCCGUGGUAGGAACCCCAGCUUACCUAGCACCCGAAGUCCUUCGAAAUAAGGGAUACAAUAGAUCACUAGAUAUGUGGAGUGUGGGUGUAAUUAUUUAUGUGAGUCUCAGUGGGACAUUUCCAUUCAACGAAGACGAAGAUAUUAAUGUGCAAAUUCAGAAUGCAGCUUUUAUGUAUCCACCAAACCCAUGGAAGGAAAUUUCAUCAGACGCAAUUGACUUAAUCAAUAACUUGCUGCAAGUGAAGCAGAGAAAACGUUUUACGGUAGACAAGAGUUUGCAGCAUACGUGGCUUCAGGAUUCCCAAACGUGGAACGAUCUGCGUGCUUUGGAAGCAUCAGUGGGCAUCAGGUACUUGACACACGAAUCUGACGAUGCCCGCUGGGCGGCCGCAGGACCCUGACCGCAGGAUUCACCGGAGCAUUCCCCGAAAAUUGAUGUAGUUCGUGGGAAAGCAAUGAAAUGGGUUCGUGGAACAUUGUGUAAAUUUGCAAAGGCCUAAUACAAGAAACAUACAACACUAUAUAUUUGUUAAUAAUUUUACAUAAAAAAAAAUUAUUAAACACGCGCAUUAUAUACCAAUUUUAAGAGAAAAAAAAACUUUAAAUUUACAAAAAAAAACUUAAGGAGAAACUGAAAAUAAUUGCCCAAAAUAAUUAAAUUUUAAAAUCUCAAAAAUAUAUGAAUGAAAAUUAAUGUGAGAUUGCAACAACACAAAUCAUCAUCUAUACCAACAUAUUGAUAACAAAAAAUAAAAUUAAAAUAUUUUUUUUUCGAACAAGUUAAUCUCAUUCCCUGCAAGACAAUGUGCUUCAAGAAAAGAAAUUUAAUAAAAAAAAACGUAGAUAGAGGAAUAAUCAUGAAUUUAUCUUUCUCAAAGGAAAAAAAACCAAAAUAUUAAAGGGUUUAUAUACAAAAUGGUCGUGGAAUUGAAUUUUCAAAAGAAAACGUAUAUAAUUUUAAAGAAAAAAAUAUGUGUAUAUGGAAAAUGUAUCUCAUAGAAAUACUCACAUUUUAAAUGAUAAUUUUUUUCAAAAGAAAAAUAAUUAUGAUAAAAAUAUACAUUCCCAAAGAAAAACUUUUGGUUACAACGAAAUUCUCAUGAGAUUUUCCGGAUUUUCAUUGGAAAGAAAUUGCACCAGAAUGAUUUUUUUUUAAAUCAAUCUUCAACCUCUAAAAUCUUAUCACAUUUUUGAUAUUAGGAAAAUUUUUUAAAGUGAUGACUUUUCCAACAAAUUUCUUCCAGUCUUUCCUAACAAAAAAAUCACUGUGCAAUUUUUUCUUUGUGUACUAAAAGUGCCUGUAAUUUUGCAUGUUCUAUGUGGAAUAUUUAUAAAAAAAAAAGAAUCUUUCUUCAAAUUACAAGGAAAUUUGAACAAAAAAUUUUUGAUUUACCUUUCGAGGAAAAAGAAAGAAAUUAAAUUUUCAAGGAAAAAUUUCGAAAGAGUGGAAAAGAGAGAAAGAAAAAUUCAACGUAAUGCUCAUAAAGUGGCCAAAUAAUAUUAAAGAUGAAAAUAAAAUGAAAUAAAAUGCAAAUGUGUAAUAAACUGAUAUAGAAAAUCAACAUAAACAGAAUGUCUAAAUGAAAAUCAUAAUAAAAUAAGAUCAUAACGAAUAAAGCAUCACAUAAAAUAUCUCUCAACAUAAA